GUCGUCUGGUGAGCUUAAAUGCACAACGGGACUGGUUAGUACUCAUAUUUCCUAUUGGAUAACAAUCCAGCAAACCCCAGUAUUGUAAACCUGAGGGGAACCACGGGUUUAGAACGACAUCACCUACUUUCUCCUUUCUCCUUUCUCCUUUCUCCUUUCUCCUUCGGUCGUCUACGGCCUACGCUUCCUCCCUCCGUUCUUCUACGCCCCUGCCUCCGCCUCUGCUCUUUCGAUUGUCUACUCCUCCUCCUCCUCCUCCUUGGCUUUUCUCCUCGGCUAUCGGCUAUUUCAUACCCAGAAGUGUUGGAUCCUGAGCAAGCAGUGGAAGAGCUAUCUGGGUAGACAUGGAUCGAAAGAGAAAGAGGAAGAUUGUGACAACUCUAGUUGCAGUAGAGUUAGAGAAACAACGUUUGUGUGCAUCCAUGAUGUUAGUAACUGUCAUAUAUGCUUUGACAACAUGGUACUAUGAAAAGUACUAUCUUAAGAACCGAACCUUUGUUAGGCAUGAGACUUGUUUGAGUGUUCUAGACCGAUUUAUAGGACAUAGUGAUAUAACGUGUGUGAAUGAACUUCGAAUGGAUAGAAAAACAUUUGAUCUCACUGCCUGGGCUUUCAUCGAAGGUUCAUCAACAAUAGUGAACGGUUCAUAGGGGAGGCAUUUCAUGGCAUAUUCUGAAGGGCGUGAUUUCAUGUUCUGCGACUUGUGCGGGACUACGCUAACAUUGAGUUCAACUAAGCAUGCUCAAUGCCCCUUGUGCAAGCGUAAGAUAAGCGCGAAAGAGAUCUCCGGAAGACAAAUAUCUUACACAGCCACUGCUGAGGAUAUUAGAAGGGAGCUAGGCAUAUCAAUAAUUCGUGAAGAAAAAGUGCAAUUGCAAAAGACAGAUGCUAAAACAUGUGAAAAAUGUGGCCACAAUGAGCAUACAUAUUAUUCCAGACAGAUGCGAUCAGCAGAUGAAGGAGCAACUACUUUCUACGUGUGCACCAAUUGCCAGCACCAGUUUACAGAGAAUUGAUAUGUCAGAGGUUAUAUAAGCGACUACGGGGAUCAAAAUGUAUGCGUUGAUGUAAGUCACUAACAGAGUUCGUAAUUGAGUGUGGUGUAGACAUGUUAGGAUAUUUAAGAUUUCUCUGAUAUCAAAUUUUGAAGUUGUACCGUACCUAGUAUUAGAGUAGAGUGAGUCGAGAAUCUUUAUAUCCUAUUUUUGCAACAUUAUGCACCAAAUGUUAAUUGCAAGUUGUUCUUGUGUGCUUUCCCUUCUGCCAUGAAAGGAACGAGCUUGCCAAAG